UUGGGCGCUAUCCUUCGUCUGAUACCCUGCUUCAUCUCAAUUUUCUAUUUUCUCAAGAUCCACUGCUAUCUUCAGACUUCAGCCCCUCCUUUCUUCUCAGUUUCAAAUUCUCGCUUUUUCGUCAAGUUCUUUAAUAACAUUCGGUGCUCUUCUACUGCCUUCAGGUCUAUUCAUUCCAAAUUUUCCAGUUGAGGCUUCAGUCACUGGACAAUAAUGAAUUCCGGUGGUUACACCGCCGAAGUCACCAAAUUAUCCCCUAGAGCGACAGAGAAGGAUGUGCACAAUUUUUUUGCCUACUCUGGUGUAAUUGAGCAUAUUGAAAUCAUCAGAUCUGACGAAGAUGCGAAUACUGCAUAUGUGACCUUUAGGGAUGCUUAUGCUCUGGAAACUGCCUUGUUGCUGAAUGGAUCUGUGAUUGUCGAUCAACCCAUAUGCAUUUCUCGCUGGGAAGGUUCCAUAGAUGACUGUGAUAACUGGAGUAGCCUUGCAUCAAGACCUGAAGACAGUAGCUCAUCAGAUAUUCAUCUGCACAAAUUUGUUUCCACCCCAGGGGAGGCAGUAACUAUGGCGCAGGAGGUUGUGAAAACAAUGGUAGCCAAGGGAUAUGUGCUGGGGAAAGGUGCACUGAUCAAGGCAAAAGAUCUUGACGAGUCUUAUCGAGUAUCAUCCACAGCGGCAGCCAGAGUUGCGGAGCUCAGCAAAAAAAUUGGGUUGACUGAUACAAUUAAUUCCAGCCGGGAAACUUUCAAAUCAGUGGACGAGAAGUAUCAUGUUACCGAUAUCACCAAAUCAGCUGCGACAGUUACAGGGACAGCUGCUAUAGCUUUGGCUAAAGUUACAGGGAGGGCGGCAGUGACGGCUGGUAAUGCCGUCGUCAAUAGCAGUUACUUUGCAAAGGGAGCUCUCUGGGUUUCAGAUAUGUUGACUAAUGCGGCCAAAGCUACUGCUGACUUGGGUCAGCGAAGCAACAAAUGAAACUUCAAACUGAAACUGUCGUAUUCUAAGGUUGGUUUUGGUAUAAAACUAGAUGAAUAUCUUUAGGAACUUUGUGCAGUUGUCAAGUGCGUCCGUCUAUCUGUACAAGUAAUGAAGUGCUGAUACUGGGAUGGUGAUUGGGCCUAAGCCAUUGAUCUGCUGUACAUGGGCGCGUAUUAAAUUAAAACAUUGGAACAUCUGUUGAUUGGGAGCAUUAGAUUUGGAGGACCCCAGAUCAGAUCAGCAGCUAACUUGUAAGUACUCAAGCUUCCUGUUGUCAACAGAACAAUAACAUGUUGAUCUUCAUAUUUUCUUGCUUUGUAUUGCAUAAAUAAUUCUGUAUAAUAUGCAGAAAUAAACUUGAGUGUCUAAACGCGAACUGAUGUCUGACUUCUGAAACGCGUUGCGGCAAAAUACGUAA